AUGCGUCUCGGAUCAGCCGGCCUCGCGGCCCUACUCUGGUCCUCCUUCACCACCGCCUUUCCCUUUGUCGAUAAUGGCAGCAAGCCCCUGCCUGUCCUCCGACCCCGACAAACCGGCACCGGCUCGACGCCCACUUCCACAACACCCGUAGCCACGACUCCGGCGGCCACGACAGAGACCACAGCUGCGGCAGAGGCCACCACCACAGUCACCAUCACCACCACCGUGGGCGGCGGCGGAGGAGGAACAGUCACGUCCACUACAGUCUUCUUGCGUACAGUCACCACUACCGUUGUCGUCACUUCCACGACCUUCCAGACCACCACCAUCACCAGCAACGAUGUCGCGACCGCCACCGUGACCAACUAUGUCACCUCUACCGUCCUUGCCAAGCGCAGUCUCAACUUCCUCCCUGUUCUCGAUGCUCCCUACGACGCCCCGGCUGCUCAAAUCACGCCCGCCGCCGAAGCCAACGAUCUCCGAAGAUACGGCGUCAUCGAGAAGCGCGCUCUCGUCACCGUAGUCGUCACCGUCUCCGGCUCAGCAGGCGCCGAUUCCACCGUCCUGGCCACCCGGACCAGCACCGUGCUCCUCACAACGACCUCGAAUACCAUCCUCACCUCCAUGGUAACAAGCACCCUUUUCAACAAUGCCCAGACCACAAUCACCGUCGAAUCCACCCUGACCGUCACCUCCACCUCCAUCGACACCGCCGUGCCUACUACAGUUGAAAGCGGCCCGACGACCGGCAGCCUGGGCACCGCAACCGCGACCGGUGGUGCGCAGAGCACGGGUUCCAGCAGCGGCGGAGGCCUUUCCACCGGCGCACAGGCCGGAAUCGGUGUUGGUGUUGGCAUUGUUGGACUUGCUGCUCUCAUUGGUAUCGGCUACUGGCUUUACAAGCGCCGUAAGGCUAACCGACCUUCUCGCGCCGACCUCGACGACAUGCGCGCCUACGAUCCCAACGGUCCCUCGCCCCUCAGCGGGCCCGGUGGAGGUAUGUCCGAGACUGGGGCCGGCUACGGUGGUGCUGCUGCAGGCGCUGCUGCGCUCGGAGCGGGUGCGGGAACGCAGAGACGACAGCCCGUGCCCAAGCACCAGCUCUCGCCGCCUUCGCAGAGCGUGAGCCCCAUGACAAACAGCACAGUUUCGCCCGCGGGUGCCGGAUAUGGAUCUCGCCCGCCGACGGGUGGUGCGCAGGAGCUCGGUGGAACGAGAAUCCUACCCGCAGAAAUGGGAGGAGACGAAGUCGUCGAGAUGGGCGAGUCGCAACCCAGGCCGCAGCAGCCGCCGCAACAGCAGUCGAGACCCGCGCCGGGUAUGACGUAUAACUCGGGUCCUGUACCGGAUGUCUACGAGAUGCCUACCGAGAGGUAUCGAUAA